CGCUCCCUGAGACAGUGCUCUAUAACAAAAUGUUGCUGCUGCUGUUGAUGGUCGGUGCUGUUGCCGGUUACGAUCGGAGUGUCAACUACUGGGAAGCCUUUGCGCCAGGCAAGCUGCUCCAGCGCUUGGAUGAGCUCACCUUGACGGAUGGACAGCCUGUCGAUGUUGUUGCCAAGACGGAGCAGCAGCUGCCCCCCAACAAGCAAGCUCAAGCCAAGCUGGAUGAGGAUGCUGAUGAGGGGGAUGAGUUGGGAGAGGGGGAUGUGGAUGUGGAAAUAGAUGCCGAAGCGGAUGAAGUGGAACAUGAUGACGCAGACGUUGAGGAGGCGGACAGCGCUGAGGCUCACUCUGGCGAGGAUUACGAGCGCAACUACGAGCAAUUUGUGCGUCAAUACUUCGAUCGCGUGCCGGACGGGAACGAUGACGAAGACGAUGAUAAUGAGGAGCACGUAGAGCAGCUGGAGGAUGACAGCAGCAGCAUUGAGACGCAAGCAGAGGCCAGCAACGUGCAGCGACAGCAGAAGCCAAUGGAUCAACACAAGCGCCAGCAUUGCCGUCGUGUCAAACGCCAGGGACAACUCUGCAAGAUCUGUCGGGAGCCGAGCAACAAUGAGGUAUCCGAGACAUGCAGCUACUCCCACGAGGCGGAGCCGGAGAAGUAUGCCUACGGCAGGGGCAGCCAGUACAAACGCUAUCGGGAUCAAUCGUCGCCAAGGGAGGAGAAGGAGCAACGACGUUCCGAGCGCCAUACGACUGUUGUUCAACCCGCUGACGACAACAGCAGCAGCAGCCUCUGUGUCCGUCGUCUGCAGGGGAAGAGCAUCUGCUACGAGUGCAAGGACAGCGGCGGCAAGCGGAUAAGUCGCUGCUACGAUGCGGCAAUCAAAAUGAACAAACACUCCAAGCGGAGCAGCAAGAAGCCACGGAACAGCAAGCAGUCGGAGCAGGAGCAGCGCAUCUAUAAGCGCACCAUCAGCUAUAGCUACGCCCAGGAUAGCAGUCUGGACGAUCAGGAUAAUAACAAGGAAUUCAAUUCGAUUACCACACAGUCUACGCCAAUCCAGUCUGCCCAUUCUCCCCCCUCACCAUCAACUGGUCGCAGAUUCACCAAGUUUUUGCGCAGGCGCACCGCUAUCCCUCGCAUUGCAGCCUAGUGAUCUAUUCCGAUUAAUCCAAACAUACAUACACAUAACCACAUUAUAAUCCAGAAUUAUCUUAUGUUUUCUUUCAGUUAAAAUAAAAGAAACUAUUGUUUAAAAGU